AUGUCAUUUGACGAUAUCCGGCUGCGGCUGGUUAUUCGCAGGCACACCGUCCCGGACGUGAAGCUCGUGUGGCCUUGCUCGCCGUCGGAUGACUUAACCAUCGCCAAGCUGCUUGGUCAGGUCAACGAAGUCGUGCCCCUCGAAGGCGGCGAAUGGGGCCUUGAGGACUACGCCGUAGAGCUGGGCGACGGCAGCAACAGCGCCAGCUUUGAGUGCCUGCACUUUCAGCUCGUGUCGCGCAUCCUCAAGGAUGAAGACCAAGUUUUAAUUCGACCACUCUUGAGCGACGACCUCAAGAGACGACGACGAAGCGGACGACAUCAAAUUUCCAACGGCGGCAAGCACCUGGUUGACGGCAUCGCCUUUGGUAGGCCCUGGCUUCAUUUACCCGGGGACCGCCCAGCUCUCGAGCUACCGCCGCGAAAACGGGCGCGCAUCACAUACGGCGAUGAAGAUGAAGACGACGACUCGAAUGCGGGAUCCGAAUUUGACGCAGACUGGGACUCCAACGAGGAGCUGGAAGCCGACGAUGCAGAGCACGCUAGUGGCUCCUCGUUUGAGGACGAGCAGGGCGACGACGACCUGCUGCAAGAACUGGAGCUUCUGAAGCAGGACAGGCGCGAUAUUUCCGAGGCAUCGAGCGACAAUGGCGACAAUGAGGACGUGGGAUUCGGCCUGCUGCCUAUGCUGGACUCUAUGGCGGCGCUGCGCAUGGCGUUUCCCAACCUUCCUUCCUUCAUCAUCCAGCAAGAGCUGCGUCGACAGAACCAGGACGUACAGGAUGCUUAUAAAACUCUGGCGCAGUCGUAUGGGCCGACACUUAGCUUUGACGAGAUGAUGAACUCGGUUCUGACGGCCUCACGACCACCGAACACACCUGUUGUUGCGCGACUGAAAUCGAUUGGCCAAGACUUGCCUGUGCAGCCACCUGCAGGCCGACGUCUUAUAGAGGUCGUGGAGAGUCAAGGGGAGGAUGACGUCGGAGAGGAUCCAAACUUGAAUGAAAGCGGCAAGGUUGUUGGUCUAGGUAUUCUCGACGUUGAUGUCGGCUCGGACAACGAGAGCAACAGUUCCAGUGACAGUUCCAGCGACUCGGACUCGGAUUCAGACUCCUCAGGUGGUGCUCCCCAUCGACAUGCUGCGGCCACGUUUUUGGACUCCGAUUCUUACUCUGAUUCAAGUUCUGAUUCUGACUCGCAAGACGAAAUAUCUAUGGCCAAGUCGCGAAAUCCUGCCCAGACUUUUGUGAACAGCGAAUCUGAAUCUGAAUCGUCAGAUAGCGACUCUAGCUCGUCAGAUGAAUCUGACACUGGGCCAACGGAAAUUUCUACGUCGAGGAUAAGGAUACAGACACUCUCCAAGGUUGUAACACGGCCCACGCUACCGGUGACUGUACCUGUGCCUGCAGUCGACCCUGGGUGCGGUCUUAGCAGGACACAAAAGCGAAACGAAAGAAGGAGGCGCAGCAAGCAGAAGCGAAAUUCAGCCAGCGGGUCGGAGGCAUUACUGGACUCUACGCCGGACGACAUCAUGGCUAUCCUCGAAGCCCGCAAGACAGCGCUUCUUCGCUCGCUCGCCAGCGAGCCCUCGCAGCCCGCAAUUACAGAGUCUUUGAUUUCGGCACCGUCGGCCAAUGAGCUGGCUGACAAAGCGCCAACUCCGGCGACAAAUGGCGUCCAGGUACCACAGACAAACGGCGAAUCCGCCAGCCCCUCAACAAGAAGACUAAAUCUGAACACGGGGGCUAGUAAGAGAUUACUGUUCGGUGCUCUUGGUCUGAAAGCGCCGAAAAGCAAAGCAGACGAGGAGAAACUCAAGCAAGCUUUAAUGAAGGGUGUCAAGCCUCUGACUAACAAACGACUGGUGGAAGAAGUACAAGAGCCAGCGCAGCCAGAUACCACUAUGAAGGACAACAGUUGGCGAGAAAAGAUUAACUACCGUGCAGUUGAAUGCUGUCACAAUGACAUUGUACUGAGUGAGCCGCCGUUUCCAUUUGUGCAGCGUUGGGAUCCGCAGCAGCAAUACACGUCGAUGCGCAAGCGCAAGCGCCAAUCACAACAGUACGACGACUACGAGGACGACUCGCUGGUAUCUGGAACGCCAGCGAAGACGAUCUCGAAUAAAAAGAACAAGGUUGAAGAGAAGACAGUCCAUGCCGACGACACCUCGAUACUGCCAAACGGUCACAUCAACGAUGCCGAAGCUGUGGAAGACUUGCCCCCCCUGCCUUCUGAUCUCACAUCGCUAGUGUCACUGGAACAGAAGACUGUGACUCCUGGUCAACUCAUCACCUGGAAGCAGUUAUCCAUGUCAAAAGCGACCAGCUGGCAGCCUCAACUGGCCUCGUUCACGGGCGUUGUACUCGCGGGAUCCAACAAAGACAAGAUCAAAGUACUUUUGGCGAAGCGUGACCGGGAAACGAACGAGUAUGUCUACGACGAGCACACAGGGCAACGAGUCUACGAAAAAUUUGAAGCACCGAUGCUUGACGAUGAGGAAGAUGGCGAAGCAGACGAUGGACAUCGGACUGUCACCUGGUUCGAGAUGAUGGAGCCACGACUGAUUCCCGGAUCAGCACCAUUAGGGUUCGUUGAGGCCACAAACGGCACUGACGCGAUAGGAGAGGUAAGCGCAGUGAAUAGCGGGCAUGUCUUGACGGGCCCAGCGGAGACGCAGCAAUCGCGCGCCGAAACCCACGCGAGCGCAGAUGGUGCCUACUCGGCGUCAAUCCACUCGGCGCAGCGCCCGCAUCACUUCGAGCUGCCCCUGGCAGAUGACGGACUGAUGAGCGCGGCGAGCGACAGCCUGGACACGGGACGCGUGUUUGGGGCGCCUGGGUCUCCCGGAGAGUGCCGGCCACGACAAGAAGCUGCUGCUGACAAGGUGGCAACAGGAAAUCUCUCCGGGAAGCCGAGUGUAGACAACGAGGCCGACACGACAGCACACGCCCAGGACGAAGCGCCACCCAAGCCGAUGGCGACGAAGGGGACGAAGAAGAGGACGGAGACGGAGCCUGCGGCUGCCUACAAUGGCGAUGCUACUACGGUUGUGCCGUCCUCGCUGGCUCAGAAUGCCAACGAUGGUGACGAGGACAGCAAUAUGGACAUGGAGGUGGGCGACUCGAUGGCGUGGUAUGAUGACGCGGUGGUCCCAGAGACGCUCAUCGACGCCGCGGUAGAUGCAGCGGCAGCGGCCGAUCCGGGGCUGCUGAACAGCAGCCCGUUUGACUCGCUUGAAGACCUCUUCAUCACGGCCUCGUCGUCGCGGCCGUCCCUGGAAGCGGCAUCGGCCAGCUCGCUGCCCAAUCUGGCGGCAGCCGCGCCGAGCGACGCGGAGUAUGAGGAAGCUAUGCGGCGGCUCGACGACGGCUUCUCGUCGGACAGCGAGGCCCCGAAUCUGUUCCCCAACGCGACGCAGCCUACGGCGGCGGCGGCGGCGGCAACGAAACCCCCGGCCGUGCGCAUCAGCCCGCGUACACAGGCCAAGGCGAAGAAGAGCCGAUGGGUGUUGCCAGAGGGCAGCCAGGUGAUUACGCUGAGCUCUAGUCCUGUGCAGCGACGGCCAUCGCCACCGGCAGCUCGUAAGAACGGGCCAAGGCGGCGGAGUGCCAGUGUGCAGCUUGGGGAGGACGAGGGGAGUCUGAAGCAGCGGGCGAAGCUGCGCAGCCAGUCCCGAGAGCGGCAGUGA